CUGUCAUACCAAAGUACUACUCUGUGCCAGCUGAUUUUGUAGAAUAUGAAAAAAGAAACCCUGGUAGUCAGAAGCGAUUUCCUAGCAACUGUGGCCGUGAUGGAAAACUGUUUCUCUGGGGACCAGCCCUUUAUGUCAUCGCAAAACUCCUGGCUGAUGAAUUAAUUAGUCCUGAAGACAUUGAUCCUGUUCAGCGUUAUGUCCCACUACAGAAUCAACGUAAUGUGAGCAUGAGGUUUUCCAAUCAGGGCCCACUGGAAAAUGAUUUGGUUGUUUAUGUAGCGCUCAUAGCAGAAAGCCAACGCCUUCAAGUUUUCCUCAACACAUAUGGUAUUCAGACUCAAACUCCUCAACAGGUAGAACCCAUUCAGAUCUGGGCCCAGCAGGAGCUUGUGAAAGCUUAUUUCCAUCUGGGGAUCAAUGAAAAAUCAGGACUCUGCGGAAGGCCAGAUAGGCCCAUUGGCUGCCUCGGUACAUCAAAGAUUUAUCGCAUUCUAGGAAAGACUGUGGUUUGUUACCCUAUCAUCUUUGACCUAAGUGAUUUCUACAUGUCUCAAGAUGUUUUACUGCUGAUAGAUGACAUAAAGAAUGCACUACAGUUUAUUAAGCAAUACUGGAAAAUGCAUGGACAUCCACCUUUCCUUGUUCUCAUCUGGGAAGACAAUAUAAGAGGUAGCUGAUUCAAUCCCUUAUUAGAUAUGCUGGCAGCUUUUAAGAAAGGAGUGGUUGGAGGAGUGAAAGUUCACGUUGAUCGUCUACAGACACUAAUAUCUGGAGCUGUGGUAGAACAACUUGACUUCUUACGAAUCAGUGACACAGAAGAGCUUCCAGAAUUUAAGAGUUUUGAGGAACUAGAAGUUCCCAAACAUUCAAAAGUCAAACGACAAAGCAGCACCUCCAAUGCUCCUGAACAAGAACAGCAGCCAGAUGUCACCAUUACUGAAUGGAAAAACAAACCCACCCAAGAAAUUCUUCAAAAACUGAAAGACUGUAGUUGUCUGGCUAGCCAAGCCAUCCUGCUGGGUAUACUGCUCAAAAGAGAAGGGCCCAACUUCAUCACAAAGGAAGGUACCGUUUCUGAUCACAUUGAGAGAGUCUACAGAAGAGCUGGCAGCAAAAAAUGUUGGUCGGUGGUGCGCCAUACAGCAAGUCUUUUAAGUAAACUAGUGGACAGCCUGGCCCCAUCCAUUACUAAUGUUUUAGUGCAGGGCAAACAGGUAACUCUGGGUGCCUUUGGACAUGAAGAAGAGGCUAUCUCAAUCCUUUGUCUC